AAAAACUCAAUAUAAAAGCCACCGAGAAAUUUUAACUAGACAGUGAAGCGGAAUUCGAUCAAAAAUUAAAUUCAAUCAUAAACCAGAAUGAAAAUGAACCAAAUGAACCUAAAAUUCCAAACCUAUUAUACGAAAGAAAUAGCAAAGAAAAUACAAAUGCAAGUAUUCCAAAACAAAUAGAAUUUGUUUCAAACGUAAAAUUUGCAAUAAAACAAAAGGAAGAGGAAUUACCUCAAGCAAAAGCGUCCAUCAGUCAUUUGGGCUAUUGCAAUUUAAAAGAACACCAUCAACAUCCCACUCGGAAUUUGGAAGCGAUACAUCCGAAAAUGCACUGGACACAUCUAGAGAUUUGGAUGAAGAGCUUAAUUCUACAGACAUUUCAAAAGAAACAGGACAAUAUAAACAAACUAAUUUGCGUGAAAAAGUCGCUGAAUGGGCUAGGAAAAAUAUUAGGCAUUUACCUGACACAGUAGUCAAUGAAAUAUUGCGAAUUCUACGUUCAGAAGGAAACUGGGAUCUUCCAAAAUGUGCAGAAACUUCAUUAGGUACAAAAAGAUCUGAGGGUGCAAUUCAUGGCAUGAUAUAAAAGAAAAGGUAAUCCCCUUAUUUAACAAGUCUGAAACAGAAAUGAUGCCAAUUCUCAUGCAAUUAGUUCAUCCGGAAUACUAUUCUAAGCCCUUCGCAGUCGCUUUAUAUGCAGGAAAUUCAAAACCAGCUAGCCCAAACGACCUUUUAAGCGCCUUUGUCGAAGAAUGUUUCUAUCUUAUUGAGAAUGGUCUUGAAAUAGAAGGUAAGCAUUUUGAAUUUAUAUUUAAGGCCGUUGAUUGUGACACACCAGCACGUGGUUUUCUUAAGUGCACUAAGGGACACACUUGUUUUUAUGCAUAUGGACGGUGCGAAUUAAAGGGAAUGUCUGUCAGCGCAUCGAAAACCAAUUCAAGAAGUAAAGUUCGAGUAUAUCCCGAAAUUAACUGCAAACUUCGCACCAAAGAAUCUUUUGAGAAUCGAACCCAGCCAGAGCAUCACCAUGAAGGGGAAACAUCACGACUUCUUCAUAUAUCUGGUUUCGAUCCAGUUUUGGGAGUUUUGCUUGAUUACAUGCACUUGCUGCCAGAAGCUUUUACUUCAACUCUCUGAGGCAGUGCCAAAGGAAUUCCAAAGAAACACGUUCGCGUUAGAUGGUCUCGUCAUUAUUCUUCGAAAAGUUUGAUCCCCAGACAUGUAUAAACAUUUUCUCCUUUUAUACACAGCUUGCAGAAUUUUAUUUAAUCCGGAAUUAGCUUUUCCAAAAGUAGAUUAUGCUGAAUAGUUACUUCGACGAUUUGUAUCGGAAAUGCCAGAGCAUUAUGGAAUCUCAUCACAGGACGAGGAUAAAACUUAUGAAGAAUGCAACAAGGGAUCCUUCAUUGACGAAAUGAACUUGAUUGCUGAAGACAGAAUUAUUCUACACACCGAAACUAAUAAUAAUCAUGAAGAGAUUGAAGGCAACAUCGAAGAUGACGUUGUUACAAGACCAAAAAAAGUAAAAAAAAAAUCGAAACAGCUGGAAGAAGAAAUAUUAGAAAAUGUUGAAACAGAUGAGAUCCAUGAUUGCUUGAAGCAAACGGAACAGAGACUUAGGAAAGCUCUGAAUACUGUUAAGCCCCGAGUGCUUCGACAUAUUAAGAGCAGAGUGGAAACUUUUGAUAAAAGUAUAGCUCUCAAUGCCAACGUCACAUCAAAUAUGUCGCCAGAAACUAGCGCAUUAAAUACUACUUUGCCAAUAAAAGAUGUCGCUGAAUUCGAAACUUUUGACACGGAACUUUUUGGAAAUGUGGAGAAGAUUGACGCUCUCAACAUGAUUAUGACGAUUGCCAUUCAUAGAUGUGAAAAUACAAAGGAUUCCGUGGCUGCUAUUCUAGGUGCCAUAGUGAAAAGGGACGUUUAGUCUCAUUACAGCGCAAAUGGAAAGGGAAAAGAUAAGAAAAAAUUUAGAGAUACAAAUACUUUUCGUCACAUGCGAGAUGUCAUCUUCGAUUAUUUAAGAGACAACACAAACGAAGCAGAGAUUAACACCGAAGUCAGCACCUGGCUUUCGAGAUCGGGGGACCGUGUAGGGGGGAGAAGAGCGAGAAAAUAAAAUAAUGAUAUCGUAUUAGAACGUUUUCAUGUUUUAUAUAUUACUAUAAUUUUGGUUUAAUUAUUCAUUACA